AUGCUUCGCCCUCGUCUUUCAUUUCUUAAUCAAUCUUUAUUGCAACGAACUGUUGUAACACAAUCAAAAGUUACUGUUAAUAAUGACAAUAAAAAUGACCAAAAAGAUACAACAAAUGAAUAUCAAUCAUCAAGUAAUUCAUAUACUCCUCCACGACGACCAUUAAUUCAACAAUUUACUCAUAAAGUUACAAAUCAAGUUCCACCACUUGAAUACAAUGAUUUAUAUAAAAAUGAUUUAGCAUUACGUGAAUUUGUCACAAAAGAAAAUCAUGGAAAAAUUAAAGAUAUGGGUGCUGAAUUAGGUACUUUUCAUUGGUCUGAACAAGGUCAUAUAGCUAAUCGAUAUCCACCAACAUUACAACAAUUUGAUCGUUAUGGACAACGUAUUGAUGAAGUCCGAUUUCAUCCUGUUUAUCAUGAUCUUAUGGCAGUUGGAAUGAGAUAUGGAGUUCAUUCAGUUGCUUGGGAACCAUUACCAGGUUCUACAACAAGUAUUAAUGCACAUGGACAUUUACAACAUACUGCAGGAUUAUAUAUUCUUACACAAGUUGAAUCAGGUGUUUGUUGUCCAUUAUCAAUGACUUAUUCUGGUUAUCCAGUUCUUCAUCGUUAUCUUCAUGGUGCAAAUAAAAAACUAGCAGAAAGUUUUCCAUUAGAUAGAAUCUUAUCUCGUAAAUAUGAUCGACGUUGUUUACCAGCUAAUGUUAAAUCUGGAUUAACAAUUGGAAUGGCAUUAACUGAAAAACAAGGUGGUAGUGAUGUUCGAGCAAAUUCAACAAAAGCUUAUUGCGAUAGUGCAGAAGAAAAACGUUAUAUUCUCAUUGGACAUAAAUGGUUUUGUUCAGCACCAAUGAGUGAUGGCUUUCUUGUUCUUGCUCAAAUUCAUGAUGAUACAAAUCUUGAUCAAUCAUCAUCAUCUAAUAGUGUACCAUCUUGUUUUUUUGUUCCACGUUGGUUACCAAAUGGUGAACGUAAUCCAUUUUAUAUUCAACGAUUAAAAGAUAAACUUGGUAAUCGUUCGAAUGCAUCAAGCGAAAUAGAAUUUAAUAAUACUCAAGCUUGGUUAUUGGGAAAAGAACAUGAAGGUGUUAAAGUUAUCAUCGAAAUGAUUAGUGGUACACGUUUAGAUAGUGCAACUUCAAGUGCUGCAUUAAUGCGACAAGCUUUAGUUCAAGCAACUUGGCAUGCUCGUCAUCGUAAAGCUUUUGGUCAUUUAUUAAUUGAUCAACCAUUAAUGAAACAAGUUUUAAUUGAUUUAUUACUUGAAUCUGAAGCAGCUACUGCUCUUGUUAUGUAUCUUGCUACACUUUUCGAUGCUACAUAUAAUAAUAUUCAUUCAAAUAAUACUGGCGAAAUACGAGCAUUAGCUCGUAUUGCUACAGCGUUAGCAAAAUUUUGGAUAUGUAAACGAACACCAGAAACAACAUAUGAAGCAUUAGAAUGUCUCGGUGGAGCUGGAUAUGUUGAAGAAUCUAUGAUGCCUCGCAUAUAUCGUGAAGCACCACUCAAUAGUAUUUGGGAAGGUAGUGGAAAUGUUAUUUGUUUGGAUAUAUUACGUUCAAUGAAAAAAUCACCUGAAUCACUUCAAGCAUAUCUAUCAUUUAUGCAUGAAACUAAAGGUUCUAAUAAACAUUUAGAUGCUGCAUUAGAACGUGUUGAAAAAACUCUCUUAUCAAAAGAUCUCUCAGCCAAUGCACUUGAACGUCAUGCAAGAACAUUAGCUACACAAUUAGCUUUAUGUCUUCAAGCUGGUUUACUUGUUCGUCGUCUACCACAAACAGUCAGUGAUGCUUUUUGUUCAUCACGUCUUGGACCUAAUCGUGGUGCAAUUUUUGGUGAUUUACCUAUGGAUAUUGAUACCGAUGUACUUUUAAAACGAUUACCUUUCUCAUAA